AUGUCGGACGACGAGAACCUCUCCAUUUACGAUGAAAUCGAAAUCGAGGACAUGACCUUUGACGAGGCGCAGCAGCUCUACCACUACCCGUGUCCCUGUGGCGACCGCUUCCAGAUUGCCCUGGACGAUCUUCGCGAUGAGCAGGACAUUGCCGUCUGCCCCAGUUGCAGUCUGAUGAUUCGAGUCAUUUUUGAUCUCGAUGACUUGCCCAAGCCCCCGCCCGCGAACAACUCUGGGGGUCAGGUCCCCGUGGCGGUGUAA